UAAUACGUGGGAGUUGACCCGUUCAACGUUUCGUUAAUUAGUGACUGACUAAUGGGUAUAUACCUGUUCGAACAAGGGUUGCCUCGACGAAUCGAACAUUCAAGAAAGGGGACAAAGAUAUUGACGAUGCAUGAAUCAUAAGUUUUCAUCGAAGGAAGAAGCCGAUUGGAGGCCCCGUUUGUUCCACGGGAGGCUCGUCUCUUACAUAGAUUGCCCCCUACCGUUCUAUCGUGUCGUAGACAGUUAGUACGUAGAUCUCGAUGCGAAGACUCGUCGAGAUCAGCCGGCGAAGUAGCCUUGUACAUAGUCGGUGAUCGUCAACGCGUCCAUUCCGCGUCUCUGCCGGCGAUUUAGCGUCUUUGAUAGCGACCUUAUUUCACGAGCAACGUCGCCGCGAUCAGAAAAUCUUUGGAAAAAGAUGAACAGCGAGUAACGUGGUUGUCCGCGAAUAUUCUUUGGAACGAUAUCGUUGAUUCGGAUACAAAGUUGCAAGGGGUGCAGGAUCAACGACCAUCGCGCAUCGUAGUAAAAAGUCAUAACAGAAGGAAACUCGUAUAUCAUCAGUCAAGUGGAACCGAUCAACCGAUCAGUCAAAGAGGUCGUGAUCCCCGAUGCUGGUGGUGAACUCGGUGGUGGUCUCAACGUGUAUCGAACGUUCUCCUGAUGGUUUCUUUGGGAGAUACGACGAAGCAGUACCCGUGAUCAAAGAUGAUCAGUGACGACUGUACCCUCAACGUUUCCGGUACAUUGUCGUGUUGACCGGGACCGAACAAGAAAGUCGAGAAACACAGAUCCAUAAUAUUACUCUGUAUUUACACAAUAUCGGUACUAGGGGAUUUUGCUUCGAGGUACAGUCCGUUUAAAAUAAGAGUAGACACAGUUGUCUUUCAUAAGUUCCUAACAUCUCCGAGAUUAAUUUUUCACCGGAUUGAUAUUAUAUUCUCGAGGUAAAGAUCUUUGGAGAUUUAUCUUUACACGCGUUUAAUAACAAUAGAAAUUUCAAAUGAACUCUUCUUCCUUUUCGUUAACUAAAAAUAUUCUAAUAAUCAGGUUUUAACGCGAAAUUUUGGUGUCUACGCUUGUUUUAAAGAGACCGUGGAAGAAAGAAUCGCGUCGCAAGCUCGUUCUCGAGCGAUAAGGAGGAGACGGCUGGACAGACGGACAGCACGAGUCGUAUGGCACGAGAGAGAGUAAAAUCGGGUGAUAAGCGGUUAGCCCCGAUGCUGGUGUAGACCCGGGUUACUCUGGCAUUGUGGCGCGCCAGCAAAUAGCUAACCAACGGUGUCACCGCGUCCCAGUGGUGUUGGUGGCCGCGAUGCUGCCGGUGCUGGCCACGUUCGCUGCUUUAUGAACAACACGGGGUUACUGCUCUCCCCUUGUGGCCUCUUGGUUGCUUCAGAGAAGCUUGCAGGCUUCCCGCACUGGAACGCUGGAACGACUGGUCUGUCGUGGACUCGUGGGGAUGUUAUGUGAUCGAGUAGCUACGUGCGCUGGCGGUGAUCCUCGAAGAUUACCCGAGGACGCCGCUGUCUACCCAUGGUUCAGUUUCGACGAGUUUCCGAGUUAUGAGGAAGACACACGGCUGAGAACCGAGGACAGGGAGGAAGACGACGAGAAAGAGUACGAAGACCGUCUAGGAAUGUCUCCGGCUUCGACCAGCAAGCUGCAGAUUUUCUGGGACCAUUUCAUUCGUGCCGAGCCGCAGAGUUACGAGAAAUCAUCUUGGUUGGACGUGUUUCUCGCCGAACUUCUUGCCCAAGUGAAAGAAGGCCGAGAUGUGAAAGAUGCUUUAUCGUUUUGUUCAACCGGAGGUGGAGGUGUGUCUACCCUCGUAGCUUGCGAGUUGCUCUCGGACGUUCACGAGUUGUGCUCGAAGAGGAUCAACGGAGACGAACUGGUCGGACUAAAGAGAUACCUGGCUCAGGAUCGUGGUUGGCGUUGCUUGGCGGUUUUACAACUGCUCGGUGUACGAGGUCUUUCUUGCGCGCGAGAGCUGGUCGCUCUGCUGGUCGCAUUGUACCCGGUUGCUCUUCAAGAGGAACCGAACAAGGCAGCCUCCGUCGCUUCGAACGUGUCCACGAAUUCGACGAGCGUUGCCCAAGAGCGCAAUCCUUAUGUAAAAUUUUACUGCAACGACGACACCGUCGACACGGUAGAUAUCGUGCCGCACGCGAGGCGCAGGUCGGCAAAGUCUGGUCGAAACGGUGUUCUCCACGAAGGCAAUGUACCGUCGCGAAGAAGAGCAGCUCGUGGACAAAGUAUCGGUGCUAAGGUGCCGGUGCAGCACAGGCAAAGAUCGUUUGGUGCGUUCGAAGCGCGUCGGAACACGCCGGAAAGCGCGAGCAGCGAGUCCGAAUUGCUGACAGACGGUAUCGAUCAGGCACGAUCGCUCACGCUGAAGAUCCGCCUGAAUCCUAUGGACUUUGAGUACUUUACAUCCGUCGUCAGAAGCGACGAAGAACAAAAAUGGCAAGCGGCCCUGUACGAGUUGCCCGCGAGGCCGGCCAAGAAAACACCCACGGAUUACGUGGAUGAGAGGAUCAAACAAGUGCUGGACGCCAAGAUCAGUAGCUUCGAGGCCAGUCUCUUGAUCAUCCAAUUGCUUCAGGGCUUACGAGACUACGAUACUCCGCCCGAACAAACACCAGCAGUGCAAGUUUUAAAAUUCGCUUUAGACACCUUGUGGUCCCUUCAGUUUGGUAUCGACUGUACGGAUUUAACCGGCACAGAAUGUGCCACGUUAAAAGCAGCGGCCGCUAGGCUCAUGUUGACCGCUUUGGAACGCGUGCUGAGGGCCAACGAACCUACCACCGCUGUCAUUCACAACGGUUUGCUGCCCAUGACUCUUAGAUUGCUCGAGGAUGCUUGCAGCAAGCCUAUGAACGUAUUCUCGCCGGAAGAAGGCUCUCUUCUCCAGGAAUUUAUCUUCGCUACCGUCUACGGAAUCGUCACUUUCCUCUAUUGUUUGUUACAUCAACAGGGCACCACUAUCGAGAAGCUAUCCGACUUUCUGGAAUUAUUCCAACUGUUUACCGAGAGUCAAGAUGGGAAGCUGGUCGAGCGGACCGUGUACGCGAUUGUUGACCUACCGUGCGUUGAUCCAGCGAGGUCGGUAAUCCGCGCCAGAAAGGUCAUUGAUAUGAUAGGUGCGCUGACCAGCGGCUUGAAAUCCGUUCGACGCGAUAUUUCUCAUGCGACUAACUGCAAUCGAACAAAGCAUAAAUCCUGCAUCAAUAACGUGCAGAUUCAUCAUCAUUCGGAUGUAUUUGGAACACCGUAUGCCCAACCGAUCGUCGGCGCAGUUACGAAACAAGCCUGUUGCGUUUCCUCUCUGUUUAUGACGCUUGCUAAUCUACUGAAGCAGUCUCAUCCUUUCGCGACCGAGCUACAAGUUCGAUUGAUCAAAGUGUCGACAGCAGCAGGCACCUGUUGCUGUUUUCCACCAAGAAUACUCAUGACCAGCAUCGUGUCCCUGCUUGAGAGGCAUGAUCCAGCAACGUACGCUCCAGCUGUGGCGUUUCUGGAGCGUACGUUCUUCAAAGAACUCGCCGCUUAUUCCGAAUCCGACGUAUGUCCCACCUGCGACAGGCCUAUGUCCUUUUCUUGGGAUUUUCUCGAGUUGUACGCGGACCUGUUGAAGUUGGACGAUCCGAAACUCUGCUAUGCCAUAAUGGCUCACUUGUUGAAAAUCGGACCCUCCUCCAAGUUUCACAUUAGAAAGGAAUUACUGUUGAAGGUCUUCUAUCCGACGUUCUUAAAAGCUAAAAGUUGUUACGCGGCUGACAAAAGCAACGUCACUGCCAAAUUUCUCAUUCAGUCUUGUCUAUCCGCGACAUCCUGUUUGAUAGUGAACACGCAAAUAUGCGAAGGAUUUACGGAAAUUAAUGGAUUAGAAGAAGUGCUGACCCUGUUGACCGACACGACCUUUACCAGAAACGUUUAUGCUCUACUGGAAGUUACCGUCAUCAUCGAAAUUUGGAAAAGUUCCACGGAAGUUAAUCUGGAAAACGUUGAAAAGUCUGCCCUUAAAUCCUUGUUUGACUCUCUUGAGAAGGAAACCGCGGAAUUAUUACGUGCCUUAGAAAAUACUGCGGAUGGUAACACCGAUGGAAAAUGCGCAAAUCUACUAAGGGAUCAAAUGUCUACCACAGAGAUGAGCGAUCGAAUUAUUUUAGAAACAAACAGCAGCGUCGUAGAAAAUGAUACUGCCGCCAAUCGAAGCGAAUUGGAAGGAUCGAUCGAUACGCUCUCCUGUUUCCCAGAAGUAUUCGACAAUUCCGAUGUCACUGCUUCGUGUCCAGACACCGAUAAUGAGGCCGAUCCGAAUAAAACAAUAAAUCUUUACCAAGCUAGCGCAGCGUGGAGAGCCGCGGCUGGUGUAGCACUGUGUAGCCCGAAAUUUCGCGCGAAACUGUCCUCGCACUCUGUCUCCCAAAAGUCUUUACAACUUUUCAAAACGUUGGCCGUUCUGAUUUCGACGGACAGUAUCGCGGAUACUAAUAAAUCAGCGCACAGACUCUUCGAGGCUUUGCUCACGUGCUGCCUGACAUCCCCGUUGUGUGACUCCGAUGUGAUAAUGGAAUUGGGAAGAGCACUGAUGGACACCGGCAUCAAACUGGGUCGUGGAUUGGCCAUCAUUAUAGAAGCUUUAUUGAAAGUGUCUAUGCUGAAGCCGGCUCAAGAAGAAACUAUACCACAAUACACCCGGCCGAGGUUACCAACUAUGACAUUAGACGCCAUGCCAGAUUGUGCAGCAGAUGACAGUAGCACAGGCGAAUAUGUGACUGCUGAUGAUGGUUAUGAAGCCGACGUUGAAAUACCGGGACGAAGUCCUCACAAUAGCAACGUGAAAAGAAGUAAUUCGUUGGGCCCCGUAGUCGAACCUCGUGGUCAUGCAAAUGCUCACCCUGCCUUGUGCUCAUUGGCAGUUGACUUGUUGAUUCACUUCAGUGAGCAAGGUCUGGAUGCCGAGAGAGCUUCUAUCAUAACUGCUGGACUGAGAAAAGUUGCAGUAACUUGCAGAGAAAGUGCUUCGAGUUGUGCCGCUCUGGCUGGCUCAGGCGUUAUCACAAAAAUAUUAAAUGGUUUUAGAGAUAUAUUCACUAAUAGGGAUACUCAAUAUCAAGAUCUGCAACACGCUAUUUUAGAAGUGUUCACCUUAUUGGCGACACAAUCCAUUUCACCGUCAGAAUUAGUCACAUAUUUGGCUUUGUUCAAAGUCAAUACACCACCGCUUCUCUCGUUAUUGCAACCACUUUAUCAUCUUGUCCUAGUUGCACGCCCACAGCCCAAUUUCAUCCUGUCGUUCCCCGUGAUGUCCGAGGCAAAAGUAUUCUUAAAAACUCAAUCAGAAGAAUAUAAGAACUUAGAAAAGGCUGAGAAUAUGGUAAACAACUUUCGAAAGAGACAUUUAGCGUCCGGUGUAUGCAGUCCAUGGUCUGUACAUGCAACGUGUUUACCAGUCGGGCCUGAAUUGGCUUGGCCAGUUUGGUUGCAAGGUUGCUCCGUUUCAAUGUGGCUAAGAGUCGAAAGAGGAUUACCUAUUAACGGCAAAGGAAUAUUGAUUAAUACAUCACCGUUGUUAGACUCAGACAAUGAGAGUUUGUCAGACUGGGGUAUCUUGUCAGAUAACUGGAGUCGAGAAGUCGUAGCAGGUUCGACAUCUCCACCUACUCCGACGUCCAUUGUUCAUUUGAUGUCUAUCGGAUUUGAGUCUCUGGUUCUUGAAACAUGGUUAGAUCUUAAAUCAGACAAGUUGAUUUUGCGAUUAACCCGACCAGACGACAAAACUAAUCGGACGAUCUCAGAAACGUCGGUAACUGGUAUGCUUCCUUCUGGUCGAUGGCAUCAUCUGGCACUGAAUUUCAAAGAUACCGUUUUGAACAAGCGCAGCGCCGUGGUCGAAGUUGUCCUUUGGGUAGAUGGCUGGAGAGAAAUCAAUGCACAAUUACCAUUCGAUGGCCUAUUGGUGAGAAAACCUGGUACUACGUGCGUUUUAUUAGGGCAGGUCGGAUCAAGCAACAUCGGUGCUUGGUAUCUUGGUAAUUUAAUGGUAUUCAGGUGUCCAGUAUUUACAAAGGAGAGAGCACUAUACCUAGCAAGCCUUGGGCCUAAUUAUACUAAUCUCGCUGAAUGUAUUUUAAAUACAGAGAAACCAGAUUUCGCGCCGCUAAUCGCAUCUGGAGCUCUGGAUGGUGUUCGUGAAAUAAGAUUUGAGGGAGGCAAAUUCGAUACCAGUCGACGGAAAUCUUAUGGAGGAACAUAUUUAAGACGCGCUGUCGAAACUAAAGUGUCUGAUACUAAAAUCGAUUGGGAUGCAGUUAUGGAUGCCACAAAUUCUCACUUAGGGGAAUUGCAAGAUAAUUUACUUCUUAGUUAUGAAGCACAAAAUCCCAAUAUUGUGCAUUUGUAUCCUCAAGCAAUUGCGAAUCCUGCUGCUGUAGUCAGAAAUCUAUUUCCGGGUCAACCAGGUUUUAGAGUUCUUUCUGCACCAGAACACAGAGUUUCACAGCAACCACCUCUGUCUGUAGCUCCGAUAUUGUCUGUUCGGCUAGAAUGCCAACAGUAUAGAGGUCUUGUACCAGCUGCUACACUAGUGGGUGGAGUACCAAUAUUUUUAUAUCUGUUCGCAAGAGUAGUUGAAUUGAACUCAAACGAGGAAGAGCAAGCAUUAGCUCUUUCGAUAGUUCUACACUUAAUACGAAAUGAUUCCGAACUUUUAAAUCAGUAUCGAUCCGAAGGUGGAACAUCUUUAAUUCUACGCGUUCUAGAAUCGCCACGGUGCCACGCAGGUAGACAUAUUCUGAAAGCAAUGUUAGAUGCAGCUUGUGAUAGUUCGAUCCUAAUAAAAGAUAUCGGCAGCGGCAAUCAUUUGGUCUCACAAAAUUGCGAAGCUGUCAUCACGGAUCCUGAGUUGAUCAAAGGUGCAUUGACUGCGUGGAGAACGUGGGCGAAACACGAUACGUUAAACUUGCUAUUACAAGCAUUGUUAUUGCUCUUAAGAGAUCAGCAUUCACAGCGUGAAUUUAAUGCGUCGCAAUUGAAUAGAGUAGGAAUUGUUGACACAAUUUUAACGCUGUGCAAAGAGCACUUCAUGUACGAAGAACUGGGCGCUGUACUCGAUUCCACGACUGGAUCUGCGGUGGUUGAAUUAAUAAGAGCACUAAUGGGGGCUCCCCCAGAAUUUGCUCAUUUAGUAGCCAUUACAGAUUAUUUAGUUCUUGUUCACCAAGCGUCGGAAACUUACAUAACUCAUUCGAGGCACAACAUAUAUUUCUUAUUGCCACCCAUAGGUGAGAAAAAGUUUGUGAAAGUCACCAACACAGUAACUUCUAGUUCUUCUGAUGAAUCUAUAGGAACUCUAGAGAACAGUAAACUGAGCAAAGGUUUAACAAAUGCACAGAUUCAAAAGAACAGAAUACCAAAAAGGAAGGAACGUCGAAAUGGGCCUCCUCAAGAUACCAGUGCUGGAGAAGAUUCUGGAAUUGCGGCUAGCGAUGGAUCUAAUCCUCUGAGUAAUGAAAGACAGUCUACAUGGACAGACGAAAGAAAAGCUUGCCAAGGACUGGUUUGCGAAGGACUUUUGCUACUAUUGCGAGAUGCAGUUAGAGUUUUACCUGACAGUCAAGUUGGCUCGGUGCUAAAACAUGUUCUAAGAGCAGAGCUCCUACUUGUUUUAGCUAAUAAUCCUGACACUAGAGUUCGAACAGCAUUGAUCAAGGUCGUCCAAACAUACUUGCAACGUGCUAGCGACGAAGAAGUUAACAAAUUCAUAAAACAAAAGUAUUUUAUGCAUUUAGCUAAUCAAGUAGCAUUAUAUCCAGGAAGUGAACCGUUGGUGGUUGCUUUAGAGAAUUUAGCUUUAAGAGGACCAACAUUGGCCGCCAUGCCUCCAUUAAUGGCGAUGAUAGCAAAAGCUGCAGCUACCGAACCAAACGUAGCUAGACCAAUAGUGUCUUUUAUCACUGAUGUAAUUGCAAAGAAUCCCAAUGCUCUGAGGAUGCUAUUAGAACAAGGGUUAGUCGAGUCACUGGCACAAGCAUUAGUUGGAGGAGCUCACAAAGGUGGCUCUACCUCUCUUUACCGAGAUAUUCAUGUGCUUUUGGUUGCCAUCGCCACAAAACUUUUGGAAUCUCCAGGAAGUCAUCAAAUGCAAGCUGUUAUAGACUUGCAUUUGAUAUUAAACCACAUGGAACUAAAAGAAAAAUCCCAUUGCACUAAGAACAGAACUUGCGUGUCGAUUGUGAGGGACGCUCAAGUUGCUCUUUUUGACGGAGAACUCGAUGUGCUCGCAACGAAAGUCUCGAAUCAGUCGGGUUUCCGACUACGUAGCACGGCAUCGUAUCUCGCUUCAGCAUCUCAUAUUACUUCGGUCUUCACAACAUCAAGCGAUCAAAGCGAUCAUGGCUCCCGUUCAUCCAGUUACACCAGUUUGCAUCCAUCUUCAAUCGCGAUUUCACGCGAACCGGGCAAAGGGGAAAUACUCGAUCGAUUUCGAGUUAUUCUAACGCGCGCCGUCGAAUUUAUAACGGCAGCUGAUGAAUCACCGUCAGGAAAUGAGUUACAAUUAACCAAAAGAUUAUUCUCGAUUCUUUUGCACGGUUUUUGUAAUCCGUUAGAGAAGAAAAAUCAUUGGAGUAGCGGAUGGUCUACGAGACAUGCUUUGAGAAAAUACACGGCUAAGAUAAUGGUGUGGCUACUUGGACCCCAUCAGAGUAAUAACACUAGGAUCUUUGCUGUUAGAUCACUCAUGGAAGAACCGAAAGCACGUGAAAUUCUGUCUUCUCUUUUAGAAGUCCAUCCACAGGUAGAACAAAAAUUUACUGUGUUCUUUUGGGAUCUUCUGCAAAGACGAGAUGAAAUACCUAGUGCCGAUGCGAGAAUAUGUUUAGAAUUGAAAGAAGCAUUGAGCAUAUGGGAUUUAGCGAAAGGAAUAGAACAAGCUAGUCCUGGCAUAUGGAACGAGGAACUAGCAUUGCUAAGACGAGAAUUAAUGAGAGAUCGAGAUAUAUGGAUUGAUAACAAUCUUCCAGCGAUUCAAAGGGUCGCCAAUAGAUUUGACGUACUUGCUAAACAGCUAACCGAAAGUGCCAUGACUAUAACACGAAUGGUCGUGGAGGAACAAAAUCGAGAACGUAAAGUAUUAAUGGAAAGACUGAAACAUACAAGAGCAUUGGAAGCCCAAGCGAUUGCUAAGUGGAGAGAUUUAGCACGUCGUUUAACUCAUGAAAGAGCUCCAUGGCACUUUCCAGAUAGUUAUCCAAGAAGUUGGGAACUGGACCCAACGGAAGGUCCAGCUAGAGUCAGAAUACGACUACAACGAUGUCACUUGAAUAUUGACAAAAGAUUUUUUAUGGCUGAAUAUCAAGAUAAAUUAGAUGCAGUGAAAUUUGAAGCGCCUUUGUCCUACCUAUUUAUGACUGAUCGCCAAGAUGCAAAUGCUUCAGCAUUAAUCGAGCGAUUACACACUAGCGAAAGAAUACGUAAAAUGUCUCAAGCCAAAGUGGUUACACCUAGAGCUGAAUUAGCUGGCGAGGUUCUUAUCGGUGAAACUUGUCUUUACUUUGUUCCUGAUAAUCCUGAUGUGCCAUUACAAACGGAUAUAGCUCUGGGAGGUCUGGAUUUAGCUAUGGUAGGUGGAACAGCAUGGCAUUUGGAAGAUAUUCGAGAAUUGCAUAGAAGAAGAUAUCAACUUCAAGAGCGAGCUAUUGAAAUAUUUCUGAUUACUGGAAGAACUUAUUUACUUGCAUUUAAUUCUUCGAAGGAAAGAGACGAGUUUGUAACAGAACUCUCUGCUUGCAAUUUACCAAGACGAGUACCCGGUGAUGAUUUAAACGAAGCUAUCACUUUGUGGAGAAGUGGGGCUUUAACGAAUUGGGAAUAUAUAACCUGUUUAAAUAAAUUAGCUGGUCGUUCGUACAAUGAUUUAAUGCAAUACCCUGUGUUCCCAUUUGUGCUAGCAGAUUAUACGAGUGAAAACAUUGAUUUAAAUAACCCGAAAAUUUACAGGAAUUUCAAACGUCCUAUGGCUGUGCAGGAUAAGAAAAAUGAACAACAUUAUAUAAACAAUUAUAAUUAUCUUAAGCAAGCUUUAUCUGAAGGAUUAAACUUAAUUGCUUUGAAUCAAGAACCAUUUCAUUAUGGAUCACACUAUAGUAAUUCUGGAACGGUAUUACACUUUUUGGUACGAUUGCCGCCAUUCACUAGCAUGUUUCUAUGUUAUCAAGAUGACAAUUUUGACAUUCCUGAUCGAACAUUCCACGCAUUGGCUACCACGUGGAGAUUAACUAGUUGCGAUUCCACAACCGAUGUGAAAGAACUAAUUCCUGAAUUCUUUUAUUUACCUGAAUUCUUAUUAAAUUCUGAAGGAUUUAACUUUGGGAUUCGACAGAAUGGUAAUCGCGUAGGAGAUGUCGAGUUACCAAAAUGGUGUGGAGGCGAUGCCCGACUUUUUAUUCUUGCUCAUAGAGCAGCUUUAGAAGCAGAUGUUGUUCGAGAAGUUUUACCCUAUUGGAUCGAUCUGGUUUUUGGAUUUAGACAAACUGGUAGACCAGCAGUGGAAGCUAUAAAUGUUUUUCAUCCUGCGACUUACUAUGGAUUCAAUGUUGAACAAAUAGCGGAUCCUUUGGAACGUCAAGCCUGGGAAACAAUGGUGCGCACAUACGGUCAGACACCAGCACAAUUAUUCAGAGCUGCUCAUCCAUUACCAAUUCAGAACCUUGGAAGUACAAUAAUACAUAACCCAUUACCACAAGUUAUCGAAGGUGUAAAUGGCAUCAAAUGGGGAAAUUAUGUUGGUGCACCCGGAAAUGAACCGGUUUUAUGUUGGAAACAUAAACAUAGAGCACCAUUAGCGUCUCUAAUUCCGCUAAUGACCGGUGACGUGUUUGGAUUACCUAGUUAUACUACUCUUUUGCUUGGUUAUACAAAGGAAAAGGGCGCUAGUAUGUUAAGUGGAACAUCUGUAUUGGCCGCUGCUUUAGUAUCAUGGGGUGGUACAGAUGGAAUCACAAGACUGAAAUGUAAAAAAGAACAACCACCAAGACCAUUAAUUAAGUCUUCUGGUCUUGAUCCAAUUACUAUUUUAAGUUCUGCUCCAGACUGUGGACAAUUAUGGGCUGGACACCUAUCUGGUAGAAUAACGGUGCACACAUAUACCGUUGUGACAAGUAAAAUUGAUUUUAAUUCGGCAUCAGCAUCUGUUCUUUUAGCUCAUAGAAACAGAAUAACGACAAUAUCUCUUUCGCGAGCAUUUAGCAUAGCUGUCUCAGGUGAUGCCAGUGGCGUCAUCGUCAUCUGGGAUUUAAACAGUUUAAUGUAUAUAAGAUCCAUAUCAUGCGAUCAAAAUUAUCCUAUUCGUUUAUUAUCGAUUAGCGAAACUCUUGGAGAUAUUGCAGUUACUUAUGAUAUUGUUGGAACAAGAGAAAACGCUUCGAGUCAAUCUGAAUUGAAAAUAUUCACAAUAAAUGCGCGAGCAGUUGGAUCCGUUUUGUCUAGAAGAAGAAUAACAGCUCUUUGCUAUAGCAACGCACCAGAAGGGGUUUCCGUAAAUGUUAUUGCGACGGGAUUAGAUAACGGAGUAAUAAGAUUAUGGAGCAGUUGGGAUUUGAGAUUAGUCAGAGAAAUUAUGAAUGGUAUCAAAGGAUGUGGGGCUGUAAUUGCAAUAGCAUGGGCCUUAGAUCAACAUCACUUGUAUGCAGUAACUGAAGAUUUUACUGUCCUCAUAUGGGAAGGAUCAAAACGUUUGAGUAAUGGUACUCCGAAAUUCGUUAACUUAACAUCAUUGUAAAUAAAAGUCAAAAUACUGUUCGAAUACA